UUUAUUUUUGACUGCACCGUGUGUGUUGUUAGAAAGAGGAACUGAUCAGUGGGUGUGCAUGACAGUGUGUGAGUGUGUGUGUGUGUGUGUGUGUGUGUGUGUGUGUGUGUUUCUGCGCCUCAGAAGGAGCCACCUUCCAUCUGAGAGGAGCUACGCUGCUUUAACAUGAUGGAGGCAACUGCAAGAGAAGCGCUGCUGGAUGAUGCUGUGCAGGCGGCGGCGCCACCUAACGGCGGCAUGAAUGACCUGCUGGAUGUGGCUCCUGAGGACAACCUGCAGGGCCAGAUGGGGGAGUUUCUGGACCCGCAGGCCGAGUACAACGAGGAGGAGGAGGAGAGGAAGUACUACAGGAGGAAGAGGCUGGGCGUCGUCAAGAACGUGCUGGCCGCCAGCGUGGGCGCCAUGAUCGUCUACAGCGUGUACAUGGGGCUGCUGCAGAUGCAGCUCAUCCUCCACUACGACACCACCUACCGAGAGGUGAAGUACAGCAACCUGGGCCUGGAGGACAUCGACCGCAAGAUGCUGAUGGGCAUCAACGUCACGCCCAUCGUGGGCCUCCUGUACACACCCGUCCUGAUCAGGUUCCUGGGCACCAAGUGGAUGAUGUUCCUGGCUUCAGGGAUCUACGCCCUCUUCGUCUCCACCAACUACUGGGAGCGCUACUACACCCUGGUCCCGUCGGCCGUCGCCAUCGGAGCCACCAUCGUCCCCUUCUGGACCUCGCUGGGGAAUUAUAUCACAAGGAUGGCGCAGCAGUAUUACGAGUACGUCAACUACAAGCAGGAGCACGUGCAGGACCAGAAGAAGCUGCCCAAGGGCGCGUGCCACAGCUACAUCAUCGUCUUCCAGUCCGUCUUCUACAUCAUCUUCAAUCUGAGCUUCGUCUUCGCCGAGUUCCCCAUGAGCCUCUUCCUCAACAACGACCUGCAGGGGAAGGCCCACAUCCUGGACAGGGUGGAGAAGUGUGGUGCCGACGUCCACGGUUUGAUCCCCGGCUUUAACACCACUGUGCUCACCAAGCUGCCCCAGUCCAUGCUGCUCAUCUACGUGGAGAGCGUCCUCAUGGCCUUCGCCUUCCUCUCCAUGAUCAUUUUCCUGGUGCUGUGCGGCCCGGCGUACCGGCCGACGGAGGAGAUCGACCUGCGCAGCAUCGGGUGGGGAAACAUCUUCCAGCUGCCCUUCAAACACCUGAGAGACUACCGGCUGCGGCUGCUCUGCCCCUUCUUCAUCUACAGCGGCUUCGAGGCCAUGUUCGCCAUCACGGGGUUCUCCCUGUCGUACGGCGUCUGCGUCCUGGGCCUGAAGAGACUCUGGCUCCUGAUCACCGUCUACGGCCUGUCCGCCUCCGUCUUCUCCUCGCUGCCCCUCCUCCUGCUGCGCCUCCCCCGCUGGACGUGCCUGGCGGCGGGCGCCGUGGUGCACUUCGUGCUGCUCGUCGCCCUCUUCGCGUUCUCCCCGAAGCCGAAGCACGAGGAGUUCCUCCACCCGCUGCUGGCCGUGGCGGCGCUGUGGGGUCUGGGCUCGGCUCUCAACCGGACCGGAGUCAGCAUCCUGCUCGGCGUGCUGUACGCCGAGGAGAAAGAGCGCCUGGACUUCGUCUACACCAUCUACAACUGGUGGCAGGCCAUCGCCAUCUUCAUCGUCUACCUCUGUGCCCACCUCCCCAUGAGGGCCAAACUGUCCAUCCUGCUGGUGACGCUGCUGCUGGCCUGCUACUGCUACUGGCUGAUGGAGCGUCGGCUGGCCGCGAAAGUGCAGUACAGACUCCCUCGAAUCCCCCGGCCACGGCACAAGGUCAAAGGUUACCGCUACCUGGAGGAAGACAACUCUGAUGAGUCAGACUCAGAAAAGAGCGAGGAUGAGGAGGGCGAGGAAGAGGACGAGGAGCGGGACGGGGGGGAGGAGAGGCAGGAGGAGCAGGAGCAGGAGGAGGUCUGGGGAGCUGAGUCCCCCGGAGCCAGGAGGAGGGGAGGCGAGGGUCAGCGCCGCCGCCGCCGCCAGCAGGAGGCCGAGGAGGAGGAGGAGGAGGAGGAGGAGGAGGGAGGGGAGAGGGAGGAGUGGUAACGAGGUGCCAGUCCAGGUUUUAUUUAUUCUGAAGAAAGAGAAACAAACAUGGACUUUAUUCAUCAUUAUUAUUAUUAUUAUUAUUCAUCCGACGCUGUUGAGGUAACAAACUCAGAUUACGACACCAAACUUUUCUCUCACUACACAGAUUGCGGCUCCUCUUUACCAAAUGUGCUGAUAAAUCUCAAAGGGCAGCUUGCUUCUUUUCUGCUUCAUCAAACUCAAAACCUGUCAUUUAAAAAAAAAAGAAGAAAAAACUGACUAAAUAGAGGCAUCGGUUUGACUCCGGCCUGUGUGAGAUUCACUGAGAGGGGGUGAUAUUUUUAUCUUCAAACCUCAGUGAGCCUGCAUAUAGACGAUAAAAAAAAGCGUCUCCUGGUAGAUGCCGGUCCAGCCUGGGGCGUCCGCAGGCUGCGCCACACGCUGCAGGCAGGAAAUCAAUGUGAGCGUGAAUGGAGGUUUAUAUUCAGCAGGUACAGAUGUGUGUUUUAAAACCCACACAACUCAAUACAGCGGUGGUGAUUCAGGAAAACCACGUUCAGACUGUACACUGUGUGUGUGUGUGUGUGUGUGUGUGUGUGUUACAUUCAGAAAGAAAAAAAAAUGUAUUUAUACUAAUUCAGAUUGAUUUCUUUCAAUGUAUGUAUUCACACCUGCACUCAUUCAAAAACAAAAAUACGUACUCUAAGUGUAUUUAUCUGUAUAUGAGUGCGUGUAUGUAAAUAUAUUUAGUUUAUAAAGUCAAUAUAAAUAAUCUAUAUUUUAUGAAAAUAUAUUUGCACAAAAUAAAUAAUCUACAUACGAGUAAACAUAUCGAAUUCAACUUGUCUAAAAAGGGGAAGGAAGAAUUAAAACUCAUGUUAUCAUACCUCUUUUCAGUAAUAACAUGUUAUAAUAAUCUUUCUUCCUGAACUCCGUGUAUGUUUUAUACAUAUUUUUAUAUAAAUAUAUUUUUACAAAGAAUUUAUAAUAUGAGAUUAGGAGCUGAAAGCAUUGUAUUUUAUUUGAAUUAGCACUUUUUGUGACACACAAAUCUGCUAAAUUAGUUUAUUUGGUGACACUUUACUUGAAGCCCCCUGUAUAACACAUAAGUACAUUUAUAAAGCAUUAUUAUGCCAUUAUAACACGUGUAGCUAUAGUUAUAAACAUUCAUAGAUGAUCACAAUGCCAGGACCGAACC